AUGGGCAAACUUACUUUGUACGGUUUAACGGCGAGCCCCCCAGUCCGGGCCGUAAGACUGACCCUGGCUGCCCUCGGGCUGCCCUACGAGUUCGUCCUGGUGAAUACCAUGGCAAAGGACCAUCGUUCCCCGGAGUACCUGAAGAAAAAUCCCCAGCAUACAGUGCCCACCUUGGAGGACGAUGGCCACUACAUCUGGGACUCCCAUGCGAUCAUCGCCUAUCUGGCGUCCAAAUACGGCAAGACCGACAGCCUGUAUCCGAAGGAUCUAUUCCAGCGAGCUGUGGUGGAUCAACGGCUGCACCUCGAAUCGGGAGUAAUCUUCGAGGGAAGGUUAAGGAGCAUGGUCAGGCCGGUGACUAAUGGACAGACUGUAAUUCCCAAGGAGCGUUACGAGGCCGUUAUCGAGACCUACGACCUUCUGGAGACCCUUCUCAAGGAUGAGGACUACAUAGCCGGAAAGCAACUGACCAUUGCCGAUUUCAGUCUGAUCUCAUCUAUCUCCACCAUGAGAAUAUUUGUGGACGUGGAUCAGGCCAAGUACCCGAAAGUAUCUGCUUGGUUCCACAGACUGGAACAACUUCCCUAUUACGAGGAGGCCAAUGGGAGCGGUGCUCGGGAGUUUUCUGACUAUAUUCGGAAGUUUAACUUUACCUUUGAAACUUAG